CCUCCUCACUCCCUGAAAAAGAAAUCGAGUCAAUCUCCUUCUUUCCAAAUCCCGUCUUUGCACUCUCCGUUGCGAUACGGUUCCGGUGUCGUACACCUCUGUUGAUUGCGUGGUCGUCGCCGCGCUUGCCAGUGGACUCACUUCAACGAUUUUUUCCCCCGGAGCCUCGGACCCGUCGCCCUGGUCGAUAUUUCGACGCUCACGCCACUCACUUCUCCAUCCUUUUAUAUCAGUUUCCACCGCAACCCCUUCCUACUCGUCCAACGGCGUUCCUCGCAUUUGCAGUGCUUGCCGUCACCGUCACUCGCAUACUUGCAGCAAAUUGUCUCAAAGUAUCCUAGACUCCGCACCCACCAUGCCUGGAAAAGUACUCCCUGUGUUCACCCCGGCCGAGAUCGAACUCCAUAACAACGCCAAGUCAUGCUACGUGACGUUGGGAUCCAAGGUCUACGAUGUCACCGAAUUCGCGGACGGCCAUCCCGGAGGUGAAGAACUCGUCCUUGAGUAUGCUGGCAAAGACAUAACCGAAGUCCUGCGCGACGAGUCAUCCCACGUACACUCCGACUCGGCCUAUGAGAUCCUGGAAGAGUGCCAUAUCGGUUUUCUGGCUUCUGAAUUCAAUGGCAAAGCUCGGACAGUCGAUGCAUCACAAACCCAACAAGUGGCAAAUGGGUCUGGCCCUGUCUAUGCCUCGACCGGCAUGUCCAGCGAAGAAGACCUGUCUGUCGAUACCGACUACACCAGAGACUUCCAGACGCACAAGUUCCUCGACCUCAAUAAGCCUCUUCUGAAACAGCUCUGGUUCAGUGGCUUCAGCAAAGAAUUCUACCUUGAGCAGAUUCAUCGCCCGCGGCACUACAGAGGAGGGGAGUCUGCGCCCUUGUUCGGGAACUUCCUGGAGCCCUUCAGCAAGACGGCCUGGUAUGUCGUCCCCAUAAUGUGGCUCCCGCCUGUUGCCUACGGCACUUUUGUCGGGUUCUCAGGGCUUGGAAAUGCGUCUGCUGCUGCUGGCUACUGGCUCGGUGGGCUUUUCCUCUGGACCCUAAUUGAGUACUUGAUGCAUCGUUUUCUAUUCCACAUCGAUCGUUAUCUUCCCGAUAAUCGCGUCGGCCUGACUCUUCAUUUCUUGCUUCACGGCAUUCAUCACUACUUGCCUAUGGACAAAUACCGCCUGGUUAUGCCUCCGGCCCUCUUCAUUGUACUGGCAACGCCAUUCUGGAAGCUUGCUCACGCUGUCUUCUUUUACAAUUGGUAUGCUGCCUUGACAGUGUACUGUGGCGGUGUCUUCGGUUACAUCUGCUACGAUAUGACCCACUACUUUCUCCACCACCGCAAUCUUCCCAUGUACUACAAGCAGCUCAAGAAGUAUCACCUCCAGCAUCACUUCGCAGACUUUGACAAUGGCUUCGGUGUCACCAGUCGCUUCUGGGAUCAGGUGUUCGGUACGGAGCUCGAGACUCCCGCGCCUAAGGACGUGAAGACUCAGUGAACAUGCCGUUGUGGUUUGCUUCCAGGCUGGCCCUCUCCCACUGGGCUUGGAAGUGAGUCCAUCGCACCUUCUCUGGAUUUUGUGACGUACGAAAUAAUGCCGUGGUUGCGUAUGCUAUCCCCUAAUGUUGUUGUGCUCAGGAGUGGGGUCCUUUUUCCCCAUCGGUUUUUGCUUUGUGUACAGGCUUGCCAUGGACCAGAGCAUUGGAACCGUCUUUGUGAGGCGAAUGACCAUGGCUCGCAGGUCGAAAAGGCUGUGAACCAGAAUUAUUACUUAGAUUUUCUACGAUUGUACAUGAUAACCUAAUACAUAAUUAUCUACGUUCAACUUGCGGC